AGUAACAAACGCUGUCAAAAAUCAAAAUAUUGUCUCAAAAUCGACUCUUAUUUUUUACUUUGCUAAGGUGUAAUUAAUGAGCUAAAUAUGAAAACUAUGUCGCAGUGAAUUGUAUAUAGAACAAUUGAUUUUUUAAGUACCAUUGGUUAAAAAAGAGUAGCCAUGCCUACUGUAAUAUUACUUGAUGUGUCUCUCUCAAUGAGUCGACCGGUUCCUUCUUCUGACUCCACAGAAAGUCAAACCAGACUAACGAUUGCUUCAGCGGCUAUCAAUACUUUUUUGGAUUACUUAUGUGUACAUACAAAACUUGAGUAUGUAGCACUUGUAACUUUUUCAUCGGCAUAUGAAGUUGCGAUACCAUUUACUCGAGAGUAUGAUAAUAUCAGAGCAAAACUUCCACAUCUUGAAGAAGGAGAUAAAACCUGUAUAGAAACUGCCCUUCUUGGUGUCAAUCAACUGAUUCUUAAUGAAUGGGGUUAUCAAACCCCAAUGCAAAUAAUAUUGGUUACAGAUGGAAGUUGUGGAGUUGGAACCAUUGGAAGAAAUCGUAUUAUGCAAGCCCUCCCUUUGCCUCCUACAUUCCCUGUUAGAAUUCAUGUGUUGCCAGUUGUAGCCCCACAUGAUACAUGUUUACAGCAAGCCAUGCCGCUAUAUCAGAAGAUUGUAGAUCUAGCAAGCAAUACCAACAGUUCCACAGGCAAUAUUUCAAGAGGUGCCAUCUAUUGCCCUGAUCAAUUAAAUGUACCUGGGGUUGUAGCCGCAAUGACUCGCCUCUGUGAACAGCAAUAUCAAGAGUUCUGGUGUUCGCUCAAGUGUGGACAGUUAGAAGCUCGCGUACAAUUGUUUCCCGCGCCGCAGCCUGCGUCACACGAGGGCCUAUCUGCUACAUAUACAAUUUCUCACCAACUGCAUGUCAUCGGAUUUAUAACACAACAGGAAUUAGGUACACCAAUAGCUAUAAGCAAACAUCUUAUAAUACCACAAGCACAGGCUGGCAAUAAUAAUAAUACCAAUCGGGAAAAUUAUGGAUCUAAAACACCUACUAAAGAAGGUUCAAGUACUGAUGGUUCUACAGAUGAAGACAUGUCCGAUCCCAGUAAAGUUCCAAAUUUUUGUGUUUUACUCCAUGGUGCACUUAAGGUUGAAGGAAUGUCAGCAAUAGUGCAGCUGGGUUCGGACUGGUGGGGCACGCUGUCGGCGUGGUGCGAGGUGUCGCGCGCCAGACGCUCGUGCCUCUUGCUCAGCGUGCUGCGACCCGGGGCUUCGGCGGCGCCCUGGCUCGGUGCCCUCGACCAAUUGGGGCCGGCUGAGGAGAACGCUACCAAUGCAGAGACAUUUCCAGUGCGCUCGUGGCGCUCGUACAGCGGCGGCGGGUCGGGCUGCGCGUGGGCGCGCCCGCACGCGCUCCUCGCCGACGUGCAGAAAGUGCUCAGACACGCGAGGAAGUUGCCGGACAAGACGCCACAUCUAUAUAAGGAGCUAAACAGACUGCGUCGCGCGGCAAUCUCGCUCGGCUUCUCGGAGCUGCUGACGUGCGUGGGCAGCGCGCUGGAGCGCGAGUGCGCGGCGUUGCCGGGCGGCGCGCCGCCGGACUGCGCGCUGCAGCUGGCGCACGCGGCCGCCGCGCUGCGCGACCCGCGCACCGCGCUCGACAUCAAGCACACGUUGCAACCGCUCGCCACUAACUUCACUGUCACUUCUAUGUCGCAUUAAACUAUUAUAAACUGA